AUGGCCUUUCCUCUCCCGCGGGGCAUCACGCCCACGGAGAUCGCCUUUCUCGCGGAGAUGGAGACGGUGACCGUGGUGCCUCGCCAGCGCCUCGAGGGCCUGGAACUACUCGGGGGCCCUCUUGAACCUCUCGUCCCGCCACGACGCGCAUCCUUGCCCCUCUGGCUUGCACUGCUCCUCAAACGCCAGCGCCGUGCCAAUAUCAUGCCCCCGCCAUGGCUGCACCCAGAAGCGCUAAGCCUCCUUCUCGAAAUCGAGUCCCAGCACCAGGACUAUAAGAAUGCAUUCUCGCCACCCCCCCGGCUGCCUGGUCAGCCCAGUGUCCGGGACUAUCAAGAUGGAGUCAUGCCAACUGCCCGGCCGCAGUAUACGAGGGACGGUCAAAAGUACUAUCCGGCGCCGCCAUUCCUUCCUCAGAAUGUUGCGCAGACUACAUUUUCUCCCACAGAAGUACCUCCAUUACCUUUCCACUGGGUCGAAGUCGGGAAUAUGUUGCUUGACGCGGCGAGUGAUGAUCUGGUAGAUCCGGACCAGGUCAGACGGCUACUGAAGGAUCUUCGUGAAGUGCGCAUGGCGAAGAUGAGAUCCGGUGUAGAUGUCAUGGACGCUGCGGCAAUGGGUGGAGGAGGUGUGGCUCUUACCGGUGUCGGCGCGAUGGAGAUCGGUGAAGAGCGUGGAUUCUUGACUGGCGUGGUCGAUGGUCUACGGAAAAUCGGCGCGUCGAAAGAACAAGCCCGACGAGAACAAAUGGCAGAGCAGAGAGCAAAUGGUGGAUACGAUGGCACUCAGGAUGAAGAGGAGGAAGACUACAUGGAAUUCUAG